AUCAACGUCACCGACGUCUCUCCGGUCGCAAACAUGGCAGGCAGCAAGAAGCUCACCAAGGAAGAGGAGCUUUUGCUUCAAGAUUUCAGCCGAAAUGUGUCGACAAAGUCGUCCGCACUCUUUUACGGAAACGCUUUCAUCGUCUCCGCCAUCCCCAUUUGGCUGUUCUGGAGGAUCCACCAGAUGGAUUUGUACCAGUCGGCCAUCGUCUUCGCUGUGAUGACCCUGCUGUGCACCUGGCUCAUCGCAUUCGCUUACAAGAGCGUCAAGUUCGUGCUCAAGCACAAGGUGGCUCCCAAGCGAGAGGACGCCGUCAGCCGUGAGAUCAUGAAGAAGCUCUCGGAUGACAAGAAGAUGUCCAAGAAAGAGAAGGAUGAGAGGAUACUGUGGAAGAAGAAUGAAGUUGCAGACUACGAGGCGACCACAUUCUCCAUCUUCUACAACAACGCCUUGUUCCUGACGCUCAUCAUCGUGACGUCCUUCUACAUACUGAGGGCGUUCAGCCCCAUGGUCAACUAUGUGUUCUCCGUGGGCGGCGCUGCAGGUCUGCUGGCACUCUUCUCCACUGGCUCCCAGUGAAGAACCAUCCCUUCUUUUUUUUUUCUUUCUGCACUUAAUAAAGGGGAACUUUUUUCUAA